GUGAGAGCACAGAUGCACCAGUGGCCUGGAGACAGAAGCCAAGUCUCAGGACAGAACAUCAGCUGGGACCAGACUCCAUCGGUCAGUGUGGACCUCUGUCCUCGAACGCCAUGGGGCAGGAGGGGAGCCACAACGAGGCCAUGGACUUGGCAGAAAUUCAGGACCUGUGCAUCGUUUACAUGAGGGAGUGUCCGAGCGGAGCCCUGCACUUACACGAGCUGAAGAGGAUAUUCGGAGUUCCCAGCAGCUCUGCAGAGGAGUCCCUCUACAUCGAGACGGUGUUUCACUCCUUUGACACGAACAAGGAUAAUACGCUCGAUUUCCUCGAGUACGUGGCAGCACUUCAUUUGAUCUUCAGGGGAAAUCUGGAGGACCGACUCAAAUGGUCCUUCAAGAUGUACGACAAGGACGGAAACGGCAAGUUGGACCGACAGGAGGUGAAACGCAUCAUUCGGAUUAUUUAUAAAAUCAAGGUGCAGACGAGUGACGUCACUUUGUCUCCGUCUGAAAUCUGUGACAGGAUCUUUGAUCUGGUCGACCAGAACCAUGACGGUCAGAUCACGUUGUCUGAGUUCAUGGAGGGAGCUCAGAAAGACGAGUGGGUCAUGAACUUGCUGAAGCUGGAUGUCAACGCCACCGGCUGGGUCAUCCAGAACCGUGGGAAAGUACCGUGACCCUGAGGCCUGGUGGGCUCACGGCUCACGUGUUCCUGGUUUGAGCCCGACACUGAGGCAUUGUCGUCAGACCGCAGGGUUUAAAUGACUGUUUGCUGCGAACUUCCUGUGACUCUGAGCUGGAGGGCAGUGCAGCCGCAGUUCUGUCGGGAUUUUAACGUUUGGUGCGAAGGUUCAAGGUCGUCGCUGCACACAUGGAGUGUGCGGCACAGAGGAAACGUCUCCAACUGAGACACAACACUCAGAGAGUUUCAU